UAAGCUUCGGGGUUUUAAGGUUGUUUGCCCUUCUGCUCAUAUUUAUAACAGCAGAACGUCAUAAGACACAUUCAUAGAACCAAGGAACAGAAUCCUUUGUGAGAUUCUUGGGAGAGAAGGGCAGAGCAGAGAGGAGAUGCUGGAAGGCAAAGCUAUGAUAAAAGAGACAGACAUGUCAGAGAAGAUGCAAAGCCAAGCCAUGGCUUCUGCUUCUCAAGCUCUUGAUCUCUAUGAUGUUUCCGACUGCAUCUCAAUUGCCGCCCACAUCAAGAAGGAAUUUGACAAGGAAUACGGGAGUGGAUGGCAAUGUGUGGUAGGCUCAAACUUUGGAUGCUUCUUCACUCAUACUAAAGGGACUUUUGUUUAUUUUGCUCUGGGGACCCUCAAUUUCCUUAUCUUCAAGGGAGCAUCUUCAUAAAGUACUAGUGCGACGAUAAGAAGAGUCUGAGAGGAGGCCAAAGGGCAGACAGCCAGGCCUGCCAUACCAAAACCAGCUUUAUUGCCCAUCAAGGAUUCAGGGUACAAGCAGAAAUGUGCAGCGGUAAGAUACUGCUACCAAAAGUUCUGCUCAAUGGUAGACUAGUAGUUAUAAAGUCAUUGUCUUUCAUAUUCUGAAUGGAUAGAGAGGCAGGGUACUCCAAAUUUGCCUGUUUUGCAAAUUUAUCAGAAGUAGGGUAAGGAAUUCUUCAUUUUCUGCUGCAUGUGAUAAAAAGAAAUACCCUAUGAAAUUAGAAUAAUGUAAUUAUUGUUAUUAAGAAACCCGCUGUUUGUUUUAUGAUGGUUGUCUCUGUCAAUGGGCAAGCUGCUUCCCAUAGACUUUUUGGCAGUUGGCAGAAAUGAAGCCCAAGAAAUGAUGAAUAAAGAUGUAUGAUUGAGGCUUGAGUAGCUGUCAUUGCCAAAAGGGAUCGAGUCAGUCAAGCAUGGAAUAAGACAAUGUUUGCUGCCGUGCCCUGUUGAAAUUUAAGCUUGAAAUAUGGAGGUAUAGUAAUGGUUGAUUGAGUGAAUAUUUGUCCAAAUGAGUAAAUGGGCAAAUUUCUUUGGUUUGGGUCAAAUUUAAGUUUCUUA